AUGGAACAGGAGAAAUUUAAAUUUAAAUUGUUCGUACCACCAAGGCUGCGUAAUACCCAGGUAUCUGCAAUCAAACCACAGAUAAACACGGGAGAUGGGGGAUUUUUUCAGAAUUUUAACAACGGUACUGAAGAUGAUUAUAACUUGCCUUUUGGGACGAAAAGUACAUCAAAACAUAUAGAAGUCGCAGACCCUGUUUCACAGAAAGUAAAACUGGUGCCUGAGAUAGAUCAGGAGAACAUGGAGACAAUGAAUGAGCUUUAUUCAACACUUUACAAAGAAGCUGAAAAGAUAAAGAGAUGGAAAGUCACUGUAGAAUAUGAAUUAAAAGAAAAGGAAAGAAAAUUGCAAGAAAACAAAAAGGUUAUAGAAGCACUGCGUAAAGCCAUUCAAGAGUUACAGUUUGAAAAUGAAAAGCUAAGUUUAAAACUGGAAGAUGAAAUACAUGAAAAUAAAGAUCUUCUAAAGCAAAACAAUGCUACAAGACAUUUGUGCAACUUACUGAAAGAAAAGUGUAUGCAAUCGAUGGAGAAGUUCAAUACAUAUGAACAUGAACGUGAAGAAACCAGACAGAUGUAUGUGGAUCUUAAUAAUAACAUUGAGAGAAUGAUACAGGCCUUUGAAGAACUUCGUGUACAAUCUGAGAACUCCAGAUUGGAAAUGUGUUUUAAAUUAAAAGAAGCAGCAGAAAAAGUGGCACACCUUGAAAAACAACACAAAAGAGAGAUGCAUGUAAUGGAAAAGCAGGUAUCAGCAUUGACAGUGCAAAAUAGUGAACAAGAUAAUAAAAUGAAACACAUAAACAUUCAGUUACAGGAAUCAAGAGAAGUAAUUGCUGAGUUAGAAGAAAUAAGAAGACAACAAGAUGAAAGUCUAAAAAAGGCAGAAAGCAAACAACAGAGCUUCUUGACAGAACUGGAAGAAACUAAAAGUUCUUUGCAAAGAGCAGAGAAUACUUGUAAGUGUUUAGAAACUGAGUUGCAAACUGCAGUGAAAAUAUUAAAUCAAGUAACUGAACAAAAGGAUGCAACAGUAGAGGAACUUAAAGAAACUAGAGUUCUUCAUGGAUCAGUUACUGAAGAACUCCAAAGUAAAGUUUCUAAUAUGACCAAGCUGCUAGAGAAAGAAGAAAAAAGACAGAAGGAACUGAGGGAUGAAUCAGAAAUAUUGGUUUUGGACCUCCAAAAGAAAUCAACUGAACUUGAAAUGAUGGCCAGACUGAAAAAUGACAAAGAAAAACAAGUUGAAGAAUUAGCAAGAGUCUUGGAAGGUUCAAUUCAAGUUCAAAAAGAUUUGGAGCAUCAGUUAGAGUGUGUACAAUUAGAAAAAAUCCUAUUAAUAAAGGAAAAAGAAAUAAGAAACUCUGAUUUUAAUAUUCAGGUGCAAGUCCAAGACCUUUUAGAUGGAAAACAAAUCCUUGAGAAGACUAUUGAGAAAUUGCAAGAAAGAGAGAAACAGUUAAAUGAUACUCUUCAGAUCAGAGAGAAAGAAAUACAUGAUUUGGAAAUGCAGUUAUCUGCUGCAUUUGAAGAUAAACAGAAUUGCUUACAGCAGCUUACAAUGCUGAAAGCAGAACUUGAAAAAGAAACAUUAAAGAAUGAGCAACUAAGUACAGAUUCAAAGAAACUUUUAUUGGACAAAGAACAUAUUAUAACAGAGAAAAGCAAUAUAGUUAAUGAACUUAUAAAGCUUCAAGAAGCUCUUCAGAACAACAGAAAGAUAGGAGAAAAGGCUGAAAAACAAAUAGAAAACCUAAAAGAAACAAAUAUCCAGUUGAGCAAUGAACUGGAGUGUCUGAAGGAGAAGAUAAAAAAUAAAGAUGAAGAGGCAAAGAAUAAACUUGAUGAAACUGAAGAUAAUGUUAGAAAUAUGGAAAGUGAAAUUUCAAAAAAGGAGAAACAACUAAAAACAUUAGAAAACAAGAAUAACAGUUUAAAGAAACAGAUUGAAACGAAAACGAAGAACAUUGAAGAACUUCAACAAGAAAAUAAGGUUUUGCGAAAGAAAGUUGCAACAGAAAACAAGCAAUCCAGUAUUAUUGAAGGAAAGGUGAAUAAAUUGGAAAAUAUAAAUAAAUUACACAAAGAAGCAAUUGACAGCUAUAAAAAUGAAAUUGAGAUGGCUAGGGCAGCUGAAGAAAAACUUCUGAAAGAGCUAGAAACAAUGAAAACUGUGACUAAUGAAGCACUGACAAUGCAGAAAGAAAUAGAUAUUCGAUGUCAGCACAAGAUUAGUGAAAUGGUAACACUUAUGGAAAAGCAUAAGCACCAGUAUGAUAAAACAAUUGAAGAAAAAGAUACAGAAUUAGAAUACUAUAAGACAAAAGAACAAGAACUAUUAUCAACAACAGGAUCUUUGGAAAGAGAACUUUCUUGUAAGAAAAAUGAACUUUCCUCCCUUCAAGAGAAGUUGAAAACAGUAAUAAAUGAGAAGAAAAUACAAACAUCCUUUCUGGAAACACCUGAAGUGAAUAGUUUAUAUUCUUUAACUGUUCAUUCCAAAAAGAGCUCAUCACAAAAUUUUACGCCUAUUAAUGUGAACAAGUUGGAAUAUGCAAAGAAAUCUUCUUGGACACCUGCCAAGACUUACACUGUGAAAACACCUCCAAAAUCUAAUUUGCUAAGAGGAAGCACAAAUCUACUUUCAGAAGAUGGAAGAAAGAAAAAGAGAAAGGUUCUCUUAGAAAUGGAUACCCGAUCAGAUAGCUCCGAGAAAAAUGACCUCCUGGUACUAAUUAUAAAAUAAGAAUGAUGUUAGCCUUCCCCCACCCCCAAUACUCUUAAAGUAG